AUGGUGUCCAGCUUUGAAAUUCCUAAGAAGAUUUAUGCGACUUCAGUUUACGAGGAUCCACCAGGUCAUAUAAAAGUGAACUGGUCCGAUAAUCACCUGGGCGAAUAUCCUAAAUCUUGGCUUGAAAGUCACCAGUUUCCUAGCGAGUUACGGAUGAGCAACAAAGUUCUCACUUUCAGAAAAUACAGACAUUCGCGCGACUCUGAAUUGCACCCCUGUGUAGAUUACGAAGCAGUCAUGAACACAAAUGAAGGUCUCAGUGGGUGGCUGCAACAUGUCGUCGAUUGGGGAUACUGCUUGGUCAAAGGUGUUCCUGUCACUCCAGAGGCAACCAAAGAAUUGUUGGAAAGGAUAGCUUUUAUUCGGGAGACACACUACGGCGGCUUCUGGGACUUUACGUCUGAUCUAACCUUCAAAGACACGGCGUAUACUGACGAAGCACUCGGAGCACAUACAGAUAAUACAUACUUUACAGACCCGGCCAGACUUCAAUUAUUCCAUCUUCUGGAACACACACAAGGAGAAGGCGGGAAAACAUUACUCGUGGACGGGUUUUAUGCAGCAUGGCGUAUGUUAUUGGAGGAUCCUCAAAAUGUAGAGGCAUUCACGGACUACGCACAGCCCUGGCAUUCAAGUGGUAAUGAGCAUGUCAGCAUUCAACCAUAUAGAUAUUUCCCAGUCUUUGAGCGGGAUCCGACGAACGCGAGACUGAUGCGGAUUCGAUGGAACAACUAUGAUCGUGCGGCGAAGAUUGAUUGGACGUCUAAGAUGGCGAUGCAUUGGUAUAAGGCUGCGCGAUAUUGGAACGCACUUAUCCACCGACGGAAUCACCAGAAAUGGUUGCAACUUGAACCGGGCACGGCAUUACUCUUUGAUAAUUGGAGGAUGCUUCACGGCCGCUCUGAAUUCACUGGAAAGCGCAGGUUGUGCGGUGGCUACAUAAACAACGACGAUUUUCUCUCGCGCUUCCGUUUGUUGAAGAACGGUAGAGAAAAGGUGUUGAACGAUAUAGGUACAUAUAAUACUCGGCAGAGUCUUUGA